AUGGCAAUCCGAUAUGAAACUCAAAUUCUUCUCUUAAUUUUUUCCAUCGUCAUAACUCUCCACUUCAAUGCAUACAAGGUUGCAGGGCUUAACAUGACUUGCAAUGAGAAAGAAAGGAAUGCACUCCUCAGCUUCAAGCAUGGAUUAGCAGACCCUUCAAACAGGCUCUCAUCAUGGUCUGAUGAACAGGAUUGCUGUAGAUGGCUAGGAGUUCAAUGCAACAACAUCACGGGUCGAGUUGUGGAACUCAAUCUUAGCACACCUCUGGACUCUCCUUACAUGGAGUUGAGUGGUGAGCUUAGUUCUUCCUUGUUGGAACUAAAAUCUUUGAUUCGUUUGGAUUUGAGUUUGAAUUAUUUUGUCAAUACACAAAUACCUAGCUUCCUUGGCUCAAUGAAGGGCCUAAGAUACUUGGACCUUAGCUUAAGUGGGUUCAUGGGACUAAUCCCUCAUCAGCUAAGAAAUCUCUCAAACCUGCAGCACCUUAAUAUUGGAUACAAUUAUGCUAUUCAGAUAGACAAUCUUAAUUGGAUAUCAAGGCUUUCUUCCUUAGAAUACCUUGAUUUGAGUGGUGUAGACCUUCAUAAAGAAGUUGAUUGGCUUCAAGUACUUAGUGCACUUCCUUCUCUUUCAGAACUACACUUGGAGAACUGUCAAAUUAGUAACUUAAGACCACCAAAAGGGAAAACCAACUUCACAUAUCUCCAAGUUCUUGAUCUUUCAAAUAACAAUCUCAAUCAAGAAAUUCCUUCAUGGAUCUCAAAUCUCAGCACAACUCUUGUCCAACUUGAUUUGAGGAGUAAUUUUCUACAGGGAGAAAUCCCUCAAAUAAUGUCAAGCCUUCAGAACAUAAAAAUUCUUGACCUACAGGGAAACCAACUCAGAGGGGAACUUCCAGAUUCAUUAGGCCAGCUUAAGCAUCUUGAAGUUCUAGAUCUCAGUAAUAAUACCAUCACAUGUCCAAUUCCCUCAUCAUUUGCAAAUUUAUCAUCCUUGAGGACUUUAAAUCUGGGUCACAACCAACUGAAUGGGACCAUUCCCAAGAGUUUUGGGUUCCUCAAAAACCUGCAGGUAUUAAAUCUUGGAGGUAAUUCUCUUACUGGUGGUAUGCCUUUAACUCUUGGGCUUCUCUCAAAUUUAGUGACAUUAGACCUUUCAUCUAAUUUGUUGGAAGGAUCAAUAAAAGAAACAAAUCUUUUAAAACUUUCCAAAUUAAAGGAACUACGAUUGUCUUCAACAAACUUGUUCCUAAGUGUCAACUCUAGUUGGGUCCCCCAUUUUCAACUUGAAUAUGUUUUACUAAGCUCCUGUGGUGUAGGGCCUGAGUUUCCAGCAUGGCUUAAAACGCAAAGUUCCCUCAAGGUCUUGACAAUGUCCAAGGCAGGUAUUUCAGACUUGGCUCCAAGAUGGUUUUGGAAUUGGACUUUGCAAAUUGAAUUCCUUGAUCUGUCUAACAAUCUGAUAAGUGGAGACCUAUCUAACAUCUUCUUGAAUUCCAGCAUCAUAAAUCUGAGUUCUAAUCUAUUCAAGGGUAGAUUGCCAAGUGUGACUGCAAAUGUUGAAGUGCUGAAUAUUGCCAAUAACUCAAUUUCUGGACCAAUCUCUCCCUUUUUAUGUGAAAGAAUGAAUGCUACAAAUAAGUUAACUGUUCUUGAUGUUUCAAAUAAUGUCUUAUCUGGUGAUCUUAGUCACUGUUGGGUGCAUUGGCAAGCUUUAAUGCAUUUGAACUUGGGUAGAAACAAUUUGUCUGGUGAAAUUCCAAACUCCAUUGGGUACUUGUCUGGUCUUGAGUCUUUGCUGUUAGACAACAAUGGCUUUUCUGGAUAUAUUCCUUCAUCUCUGCAAAAUUGCUCUAUGUUGAAGUUCAUUGACAUAGGUAACAACCAAUUUUCUGGCACAUUACCAGCUUGGAUGUGGGAAAUGCAAUAUCUAAUGGUUCUUCGCCUAAGAUCCAAUCAGUUGAAAGGAAGUAUUACUCAAAAGAUGUGUCAACUUUCUUCCCUUAUUGUGCUGGAUCUUGCCAACAAUAGCAUGUCAGGAUCUAUUCCAAAUUGUUUGGAUAACAUGAAGACAAUGGCUGGUGAAGAUGACUUCUUUGCCAACCCUUUGAAGUAUUCAUAUGGCUUUGGCUUCAACUAUGACAACUAUAGAGAAAGUCUUGUCUUAGUUCCUAAAGGAGAUGAGUUAGAGUAUAGAGACAAUCUGAUUCUGGUAAGAAUGAUUGACCUUUCAAGUAAUAAUCUGUCUGGAGCUAUUCCCCUUGAAAUUUCCAAGCUAUCUGCAUUGCGGUUUUUGAACUUGUCUAGAAAUUCUCUGUCUGGAGAGAUACCAAAAGACAUGGGAAACAUGAAACUGCUAGAAUCCCUUGAUCUCUCAUUAAACCACAUUUCAGGUGAAAUCCCUCAAAGCUUAUCUGAUGUGUCAUUUCUCAGUUUCUUGAAUCUAUCAUAUAACAACUUAUCAGGCAGAAUUCCCACAAGCACUCAACUUCAGAGCUUUGAAGCACUUAGCUACACUGGUAAUCCUGAACUUUGUGGUCCUCCCGUGACAAAUAAUUGCACAAGCAGGGAAGAGUUAUUGGGGAGUGCUUUUGAUGGACAUGCUGAUGGAGAUUUCUUUGAUACAUCAGACUUUUAUAUGGGAAUGGGAGUUGGAUUUGCAGCAGGGUUUUGGGGGGUUUGCAGUGUUAUUUUCUUCAAUAGAACUUGCAGGCAUGCUUAUUUUCAUUUUCUUGACCACUUAAAAGAUCUUAUUUAUGUGAACUUAGUCUUAAAGGCAAGAAGGUUAUGUGCAUAA